AUUAAACUUUUUUUUUUUUAAUAGCAUUUUUGCUCAUUUGGCAUCUAUGACUUUAACGUACCUAACGUUAAAUGCAGACGAAGGAGACCAGGAGUUUGAUCCGCAUGACUUGAGGAUUUUAUCAUAUAGGGGUUAAAUGGUUCUGAUAACGGACAGCAGGGAUGGCGGAGGAUCAUCUCCAAGAAAAGUUAAACCACUUAAACAUGGUAAAAGCGCCCAGAACUGUCCCACUAUAGUGGAGGAAUCACCUGAUCGCGCUGGCGAUGACGAUUAUGAUGAAUAUCUCGGUUCGUGCGAGUCGGAAGGGACCGAUGAGGAUUUAGAGGAAUUGGGGGACUUCUCAGAACUGCCGGAUGACAGGAGUAUCGUCUCAGAUGACUCAUUUUAUCCACCGGACGAUGACUUUGCUGACUCCGAGAGAACCCCUUCCCCGGAGAGUCCAGCACCGCUGUCCUUUUUUCAAGCGUGUUGCAAAAACAACGCGCUCAUAGUGAAACUCAUGAUAAGACAAGGUGUUACGGAGGAGGACGUUCGGGAGACUGACAAAAACAAAAGAACUGGACUAAUAGUGGCGUGCUACCAAGGGUACGUGGAUGUUGUGAUUGCUCUUUCCCAGUGUCCUCACCUGGAUGUGAACUGGCAGGACAAUGAGGGAAAUACAGCCCUCACCACAGCUGCCCAGGCGGGUCACAUCACAAUCUCUAACUACCUUCUCAACUACUUUCCCGGGCUUGACAUCGAGAAGAGGAACUGCCACGGUUUCACCGCUCUGAUGAAAGCUGCUAUACAGGGUCGAGUGGAAUGUGUCAAAGCCCUGAUGCUGGCAGGGGCUGAUCUGGAAGCCAGGGACAACGGGAGGAAGUUCACUGCGCGAGAGUGGGCCAUCUUCACAAGCCGCUACGAGACUCUCUUUGCCAUGAUGCGGCUGAUGCAUCAGCCGUGUGCGGACCAGUUCUGUGGCGCCUAUCGGCCAGAGUGGCCCCUUCUGCCCGCAUUGGUGGCCAAAGCUCAGACGCCCAAAGGAUGCAUCCAGAAAAUUUCAGAGACACUACGUGACUUCUUUGACAUCAGGAACGUCACAGAGGCUUCAGAGGACGGGGUUCUGGAUCACAUGGUGCGCAUGACAACAGCACUGGGGAGUCCGUUCAUCGCAACGGCGUGUCGAACGGUGUGUCCCGACAGCCCGCCUUGCGUGGGAAAACGCCGUUACGCCGUUCAGGAGAUCCUGAAGAAACAACGCAUCGCACAGCUGAAAGGUCUGGGACCCGAGCGCAUCGAGAACUACAAACGUCUUUUCCAGAAUUCCCGCGUCCUGCUGGUGCCCAAACCCAAAGAUCGCCGUGCGAGUCUGCAGGCCCAAUCGGACAUCUCUUCGUCCUCUCUGGUCAUCCGCAGGACCAGUCUGCUCCCCUUACACAUGCUGAGGAGGAGCAGCGUCAGACCAGGUAUGGUGGUGCCCAAGCUGAGGAUUAGCAAGGCUCCUACGCCAACCUACGUGCCGGAGAAAGUGCGGAGGAAAAGCAGCUUUAUAGACGACCCGUUCCUUCAGAUCCCCAAGUGGAGAUAUAAAGAACUUAAAGAGGAGAGAAAGAAAGCAGAGGAGGCGGAAAGGAAUAGACUAGAGGCCAUAACAAAAAGACAGCUCUCUACUGGCAAAAGGAAAUAAGUGUGUGCAAACUCAACAUUUGAUACUUGAAAUUCAGUCCUGAUAUUGGAUGGAAAUGUAUUUUACUAUUUAUUGUUUUUUUUUUGUGAUGGUAAAUGCUUCUAAACUAUUUUUUUCCCUCUUCAAAAUGGGGGUAAAGUUAUUGAUUUAAAGAAGCUCCUUUAAUAUUUUUGCAGGUUUGUGAGCAACAGGAAGCUAGCCAAACCAGAUCAGCUAAUAUGGGUACACUACUAAAACAAGAUGCUACUGUAUGUUUACAUCCUUAAAAUAGGACUAUUUGACUUUAAGAGUUGUCCAAAUGCUAGCAUUGGCUCAGAUUUAAUAGUAUUUAAUCAUCAUGAAUGUAUUUAACAAACAUUAAUUUUUAAUACCUCA